UAAUCAUGUAAAUAUUUAUUAAUUAUAUUUAAAUUUUGUAAAAAUUUAUAAAUAAAUCAAUCAAAAAUGUGUCCAGCACUUCUAGAAAAUGAAGAACGAUGUUUUGGUGGAAUGACAUUUUUUGCUCAAAGUCAUCCAGGUGAAGUUUGUGGUAGUAAUGGUUUACCUCUUACACCAAAUUCAAUAACUAUUUAUGGAAAAUCUCAAUUUUUAAAAACUAUUCAUCACCCAAAUUUAUCUACAUAUCUUGACAUAAUUAGAAGUAAACAUGAACGAAUAGUAGUAGUUGCAGAAUAUAAUGGAGAUCCAUUGAAUAACAAACAAAAUUUAAACAUAGAUGAUAUUAUAAAAAUAGCAUUUCAAUGUUUAUUAGGUUUACAACAUAUGAAUAUGUUAAAUUUAGUACAUAGACAUUUAAGUCCUGAAAAUAUAUUAAUUAAUAAAAGUGGAAAUGUACAAUUAUAUAAUUUUGGUUUAUACUAUAUGACGGAGAGUGGAAAAAAUGUAUCUUUUCCUAUUGGUUAUCCAAAAUAUACAGCACCUGAAGUAUUUUUAAGUCCUGGUGUCAGUAGUGCAAAAGUAGAUUCUUGGUCUUUAGGAAUGAUUAUUGCAGAAUUAUUAUUGACAAAGUCAAUGUGGUCAGGUGUAAAAUUAUCCCAAUGUUUACGAAAAGUUCUUAGUCUCAUUCAUUGUGAAACUUCUGUAUUUGAACGUCUUGCAAGAGAAACCAAUUGUUAUAACAUAUAUAAGGAUUUACCCGAUAAAGUAAAAGAAUUUGUAGAUUCUUGUCUCCAAAUUCAUCCUUCAAAACGAAAAAUACCAGAAGAAUUAUUAAAAUUGCCAAUAUUUAAAGAAUUUAUAUUAAUAAAUGAAAAAGAAAAGAAAAAAAGUCUAUACAAAAAUGUAAUUGUUAGGAAAAUGGAUGAAUUGUAUUAUUUAUGGCAAUUAGCAGGAGGAGAUAUUACUGUGGAAUUAAAGAAACAAGGACUUAUCAGAUCAAGACCACCUAUUUUAUCCAUUCCAAAUUUAGUAAUACUUUUAGGUCAAAUGUUUGGAAGGAGAGAUACAGCAGGUUUACUUGAUUUACGUGUUGUUAAAGUCCCUCUUGAUACAUUACGUCAACGUUUGUCUCAUAUUCCAUAUAUUGCAAAUUAUCCAUGGUUAACAAAUCAAAUGCAUGUUCAAUCACAAGAAGAUUUAAUAGAUGCUGCUUCUCAGUUACCUUUAAUCAUAAGGGAAAGAGAUACAGAAUAUCAAUUUUAUAGAAUUGUUUUAUAUGAUAGAUUGCUACAGGUAUAUCCAAUUACACAAGAAGUAAUUAUUAAAGAAGCACAUAAAGAUAUACCACCACCCGUUAGAGGAGCUGUUUGGGCAGCAUUACUUGGUAUCACUGGUGAUAUUCAAAAACGUUAUGAUAUGAUUGAUAAAGAAACACCUACUCAUACAGAUCGACAAAUAGAGGUAGAUAUACCAAGAUGUCAUCAAUAUAGUGAAUUAUUAUCAUCUGGUGCUGGUCACGAGAGAUUACAAAGAUUACUCAAAGCAUGGGUUCGAAAUAAUCCUCAUUAUGUUUAUUGGCAAGGAUUAGAUUCUUUAACAGCUCCAUUUCUUUAUCUUAACUUUAAUAACGAAGCUAGAGCAUUUGAAUGUUUGUCUGCAUUUAUACCAAAAUAUCUUCACAAAUUCUUUUUAAAAGAUAAUUCAGCUAUUAUACAAGAAUAUUUAGGAAAAUUUUCACAAAUCAUAGCUUUUCAUGAUCCUCAAUUAGCUAAUCACCUUAGAUCAAUUAACUUUGUACCAGAAUUAUUUGCUAUUCCAUGGUUUCUAACAAUGUUUUCACAUGUUUUUCCACUUCAUAAAAUACUCCAUUUAUGGGAUAAACUCUUAUUAGGAGAUUCUUCAUUUCCACUUCUUGUUGGAUUAGCUAUAUUGAAACAACUGCGAGAUUCUCUUUUAACUUCAGGUUUUAAUGAAUGUAUUCUUUUAUUUUCUGAUCUUCCCGAAAUUGAUAUAGAACUAUGUGUUAAAGAUUCUAUGAUGAUGUAUCAAAAUACACCACCUAGUAUUACUUAUAGAAAACAUCAAUUUAAUCAACCAAAGGAUAUAAAUUGGUCUGAAUUGGAACCUGGGACUGAAAAAAUGCCAAGAAUUUCUGUUGAUGAUUUUUUAGAUUUAUUAGAUAAUUGUCCUGAGAAAUUGAUAGCUGUAGAUGUACGUAAUAAUAUACAAUUUGAAAGAGGUGCUGUAAUAGGUAGUAUUAAUAUUCCAUUUACAAGUGUACAACUUUCUCUAACUCAUAUUGAAACCCUUGGACCACAUGCAAAACCACUCGUAGAAAAUAAAAAUAGUAUUGUUGUAAUUAUUGGACCCCAUGAUCAAAAUAAUGCAUUGUUUGCAGAUUUCUUAGUAAAAUGUGAAAUUAUGGGUGUAUGUUCUUUACAAGGAGGAAUUUCUGCUUUACGGAUGAAAUAUCCAAAUGUUAUAGUAGCAGCGCGUUAAAAAAAGAUAUUUAUAAUAUAAAAAAUGAUAUACAUAUUUGUACAUAUUUAACAAUUUUUAAUAUAAAUUAUCCUAAAUUAUUUCUGUAUUAGAAAAUUAUAAAAUUUGUAUAUAUAUAAAUAUUAAUUUUAUUUAUAUGUUUUAAUAGUUUAUUUGAUUAUAUUAUUUUUAUGAGAUUAUUAUUGUUAAAUUUUCAAUCAUUAAAUUUUUAUUAUA